AUGGAGGAGGAGAGGGCGGCGCCGCCGCGGGUGGUGGGGGAGUACGAGCUCGGGGAGAUGGUGGGGAAGGGGACGUUCGCGGAGGUGUUCCGCGCCGUGCACGCCCCCACCGGCGCGCGCGUCGCCGUCAAGGAGAUCGACCGCCGCCGCGUCGACGACCACGUCCGCCGCGGCAUCCUCCAGGAGAUGAGCAUCCUCGGCAGCCUCUCCCACCCCAACAUCCUGCGCCUCAUCAACACCAUCGAGGUAGGUGUCCCCCCCUUCACCAAAUCUCCGGCCCCCGCCGUCCGCGCUACUACUGUAGUCGCGAUCGAACUCAGUGUGGUAAAAAUGCCUCGCGGUUUUCGCCGCAGACGGGGGAGAAGCUGUUCCUGGUGCUGGAGUACUGCGACGGGGGCGACCUCGAGGCCUACAGGCAAACGCACGGCGGGCCGCGCAACCGGCUGCCGGAGGCCACCGCCAGGGACUUCGCCCGGCAGCUCGGGGCUCAAGGUGCUGAGGGGCCAGAGGAUCGUGCACCGAGACCUCAAACCCCAGAACCUUCUGCUAUCAGCCGAUGGGGACGCCAUUACAUUGAAAAUUGGCGAUUUUGGGUUUGCCAGAUCUCUGAUGCAUGAAAAUUUGGCUGCCACUUUUUGUGGCUCUCCAUAUUAUAUGGCCCCAGAAAUCUGGCGAGGGGAUAAAUAUGAUGCAAAGGCAGAUUUAUGGAGUGUUGGAGUCAUUCUUUUCCAGCUAGUAACAGGGGAGCUACCAUUUCUUGGGGAGAAUAGAGUGGAGCUGCGCGAAAAAGUAUUGUCAUCUAGUGGCCUCAGUUUCCCUCCAGAUAUAGAGGCUGAUUUACAUCCUGAGUUUAUUGACCUGUGCAGAAGACUCAUAUGCCUUGAUCCAGCGGAGAGAAUGCCUUUUGAGGAAUUCUUUAAUCACAACUUUUUGGCAACAGCAAGGAACAGUGAAAUCGUGGAUGAAUCCCAUCAUGCUCUUGAUUUAAGGGAUACAUGCCAGACUGUCUCUUCUGCUGUCGUCAAAGUAAAGUCUGAAAGUGUAGAUUCAAAAGUAUUUGAUUCAUGGGAGUGGAUUGAACGAGAAUAUGUACUAGUUCAGGCGAACACUACUUCCAUGGAGUUGCUGUCUUCCCUUGAGAAACCAAUGAAGGAUGUUACAGGUGCAAGACCCCGCUGUGAUGAUAUAUUCACUAUCAGUGGGCCUGUUCAGAGUCAAAACAGAGACUCACUCUAUAGAUUGAAAUCCCAUGGAUGUACUCCACUGUCCGCUUCCCGUGAGUCAACUACUAUGGAAAAUCUGCGAGGGAGGCCACUUGAUUGUUAUACAAGGCUUCACCUACUGAAUCAGUAUAUUGUCAUUCUCACAGAACUUGCUCAGGAGAAGCUUUUUAAAGGGCUGGACCUGGAGGCACUAUCACUUGAACUUGUGAUACUUGCUAUCUGGAAAGAGGCGCUUAAUGCAUGUAGCUUAUUGCCGGAUGCUUUAGAUGAUGGAAGUUUUCCGACAUUUGCACACGAGAAUUACUUUCCUAAGAGUGAUCAGCGUCUAUCCCCGAAUGUAGCGCAUGGAUUGGAUUUCACUAGGCCGGCUUCUGUUCGUUACUGGGUUGAAAGUGGGUUCAUCAAGGCAUAUGACCGUGCUGAGAAGAUAUCACAUAGGUUGCGGGAGAACAAUGAUAACACUGAGAUGCCAGACGCAAUGGAGAUCAUAUUCCAAACUGCUUUAGUAUAUGGGAAAAGUGGCGCUACAAAGGAACUUUUGGGAUGCCAAAGCAGAUCAAUGGCGCUAUACUCAAAAGCAAUCAUCCUGCUCACAUUUAUAUUGCAGGAAGCAACUGCUUUGCCACUGAAUCCAGUCUUCUCCCUUUCACCAUUCAAUCAGCAGCGUAUCCAUAGUCAUCUCUGCAGUGCUCAGUUGAGCGGGCAACAGCAGAGGUCCAUCAAGAACUAA